AUGCUAGCGGACUGCCAUGGCCGCAAGAGCGAGGGCUGGGGGGCGGAGUGUGACCGCGCGUUGUAUCUGGAGUCCGUGCUCAAGAAGAUCGAUAGCAGCAGCAGUGCGGGUUCAACUUUCGCUACAGGCGCUGGUGCGGCUGCUGAGGACACGCAGCAGCACCAGCAGCAGGUGGCGCUGGAUUCGGCUGCCAAUGAGAUCGCCGUGGUUUCUGAAGCGGAGCUCCCUUUCUCGGCUUUCUUCCAUGAGUACGCAGUGCCCCGACGCCCGGUGGCGAUACUCUCGGGAGGCGGUGGGGCCGGCGGCAGCGGCAAGCCGGCAGAUGCUACGGAUGGCGAAGAACAAGGCGACCUCGGCGACCAAGCCAUGAAUACCGCUCAACAGGACGGGGAGGAGGAGAACGGGCAACAACGCGUCCAGGAUCUAAUCUUGAGCGGGAUAGAAUCUUGCUUGGCACACUCGGUGGAUCCAGCGUUGGGGACGGCGGAUGGACCCCUGCGUGCGUGCCACGACUCGUUGCUGGAGAGCUUGCCAGUCCCACGCUACGCUUCCGAGGACUUCGUGCAGAGGUUUCGGGGACAGGACGUGCUUCCGGUCGGGGAACAUGCCGAGGUUGAGCGCUUCGUGUCUGGCUGGCAGCGCCUACACCGUACCCGUCCAGGCGCGUACACCCCACCGACCGCUUGUCCCGCGGGGGCCAACACCCUGAUCACCGUCAUGUCAGGAACUCUCCAGGUGUUGGUCUACUCGUCGGCCGACGAGUUGCCCAGCCUCAAACCAACGUUUGGCAACGCGCCGUGCUCUCCUGUUCCGUCUCGUACGUCUGCCGGGGACGAUGGUGAUUCAAAGUCCAGCAAGUCCGAAGGCGAUGGACACGAGAACACCGGCGAAGAAGAGCAGUUUGAUGUCGACAACGGUACCGGCGAGGAGAGGGAACGGGAAGAGCACCGCAGUGGUUCGGGGCACGCAGAGGAAACUAUCACAAGCACCGCGUCGAAUCCUACUCGUGAGCCGCUAGAGGAGGGGUUUGGGCUGGAGAGGACAACGGCAGAUCAACAGAAGCAGAACUUCUCCAUGAUGAGCUCGUUGGACGGAGCACGGGUCAAGGACGAGACGGAGGAUACGAGCACUAGCGAGAAGAAGGAGGAGCCCCGAACACUUGACGCUUCCGACAGUACGUCGAACGGCCACAGACGAUACUCUCAUCACCCUUCGGAGAGCCAUCACUGGCCCCACGAGCCUAAAUACUGCGCCGACGUCUGGCGGGAAGACAGCGAAGACAACAGCAUUGUCACAAGGACCAACGCCCAGGACGUGUCCGCCGGCGACAACCUGUUCGUGCCGUCGGGGGGCGCCGUGUCCUGGCGGGCAAAGGCGGGUGGUGGCGCAGAGGACGAAGGAGCUACAGCCGUGCGUUUCUGCUACGUCGACGCCAGCAACUUCAACUCCGUGAAGAGUCAGCUCCCACUGUACGCGGCAGUCGAGGCCGGAGCCAACGGUCUUCUCCAGGCCUUCCGAUCCCCUGUGUUCGACACCUCCAUGUCUAGGAACCCGUCGACCGUGUCCGCGUCCGAAUUUUUCGAGGGUGGUCGAAAAGCCACCAGCGUGAACCCAUCAGCAUCAUCAUCGACGGAUGCUGAUAGCGGCGAAGCCGGCCUUGAUGCGGAUGGUGACAGUAGUGCGACCGCCGGGGAAAACGCGGGGCGGAAACGAAGGCGACUGAGCUCUACGGAAGAAGUCGGGGAGGAAGGCCGGCAGGCGAGGCCGAAAGUCUUUCAAGGAGUGGCAGGACGACAGCCGCUGGGACCUCAAGUGACGGCUUGCGAGCGCACGGCAUGCACCGUGGAGUGGACGAACAGCUUCGUCAAGCAAGGCCAAGACCAGACGAGGCUCGGGUUUAACUUGUCCUUCGUCCCGGCGGCGACGACCAACGCCUCGAGCCAAGCUGCCGGCCACGGCAGCGGGGGCGGCGGGUACAUGGAGGUGUUCGUAGGGGACUCGAGGCUGAAGUCCGAACAUGCGCGGGACAGGGACUUGCUGAACCUGGGCAUCACGGAAGGAAAGCGGUACACAAUUGUGGUGGACACCAAUCUAGCACCGGACACCCUGUACAGGUUUUCCGUUUGCGUCGUCUACGGCGAAACCGCCGGUCCGUUCUCCGAGUUUUCGAAGCCCGCGCGGACGUCCAUGGUGACAGCCCCGUUGCCAGUUCCCAGGGCGCCGGAAGGGUCUCCCGGGACGCACGCGGUCACGCUCCGUUUCCUGCCGCCUCCCGACCAUGGGGUCCUGAGCAAGUGGCAGGCGGUGGGCAUGGCGCCAGCGCCGGCGCCAAGGCUGGACGUGUCCGUUCACGACACGGAGCCGCAAUCGGUGGCGGUGAAAGUGGAACACCUCGUGCCGGGAGUCGCGUACCAGUUUCGCGUUUGCGCCCAGAACGAUGUUGGGUGA